UACUCAAUAGCUCCUGCGCGUUCCAUUGGUGCGCUGUCGCCUUUCCCUUCAGGCUCUCGCGGGGCUGCUUUGUGAAGAUGGCGGCCGAACUAGUGGAAGCGAUGAACAUGGUGAAGAGUUUUCGGGUGUCUGACCUGCAGACGCUGCUGGCCUCUAUGGGGCGCAGUAAAAGUGGGUUAAAGCAGGACCUUGUGGGGCGAGCUUUGAGACUGGUGCAGACGGAAUACAGCCCGGAGCUGCUGAAGAAUGUCCGACAGCUCUACGAAACGCGCUUUCCCAAAGCACCUGUAUGGGUGGCUGCACGUCGCCCGGAGGGGAUACCACCAGUGUCCUAUCCAACGAUCAACUCAUCCCCACGAAGCACAGCCCAGGGCACAGACUACCUCAAUGGCAUGCCCAAGCUGGCUGCUCCACCAGCAGCUGAAGUUAAACUAGUGCCCUUGCCGUUUUAUCACAACUUAGAAACGUUGUUGCCACCAACAGAGCUAGUUGCACAGAAUAGUGAGAAACUACAGGAUAGUCAGUGUGUUUUUGAGCUAACACAGAGCCAGAUAGACCAGAUCCGAAACUCCAGUGAACUUCGCCCAGGAGUAAAAUCAGUCCAGGUGGUUCUUAGAAUCUGUUACACCGACUCCAUUGGUGUCCAGGAGGAUCAGUACCCUCCCAAUAUUGCUGUCAAAGUGAAUCAGUCAUACUGUCAUGUUCCCGGUUAUUAUCCUUCCAAUAAACCAGGUGUGGAGCCUCGUCGUCCCUGUCGCCCUAUAAACAUCACCCCGUGGCUUCAUCUCUCGACAGCCACCAACAGAGUCACUAUCACAUGGGGCAACUUUGGAAAGCGGUAUUCUGUGGCUGUGUACCUGGUGAGGGUCUUCACAUCUGCAGAGCUCUUCAACCAACUUAAGCACUGCUCAGUCGAGAGCGCCGAGCGAUGUCGUGAACGCAUUCAAGACAAGCUACGUUUCGAUCCAGAGAGCGAGAUUGCCACUACAGGACUGAGGGUGUCUUUGAUCUGUCCACUGGUAAAGAUGCGUUUGGGAGUGCCAUGCCGGGCACUCACCUGCGCUCACUUGCAGUGUUUCGAUGCCGUCUUCUUCUUGCAAAUGAACGAGAAGAAGCCCACAUGGACGUGCCCUGUGUGUGACAAACCUGCUCCAUUUGAGCUGCUCACCAUUGAUGGAUUGCUUUCUGAAAUCCUGAAGGAGACUGAAGAUGUGGAGGAGAUUGAGUAUUUGACUGAUGGCUCAUGGAGACCAAUCAGAGACGACAAGGAAAAGGAUAGGGAGCGGGAAAAUAACCACACUCCAGAGUAUCCGGUUGUGGAUAUAUGUGUUCCUGAGACGAAUGGCCACUCCCCAGCACACAGCAGUACAAGCCAGACAGGACGAUCUGCAUCGGGCGCCUCGGCAGCAGGCACAGGUGGUGCCAGUGCACCUUCAGGUGGAGGGGCAGUAGUGGACCUUACGCUGGAUGACUCCUCAGAUGAGGAAGAGGGUGGAGGGGGGGCUGGGGACAGCGAGGACACAGAGGACAGCCAGGACAGCCCAGCACCUAAGAGGGGCCGAUACGAUUAUGACAAAGAUCUUGUCACUGCAUACUGAAACGGGCUGCAGAUUACGGACAGUGGGAGAGGGGAUAUGGGUUCAUUUCUCUCCUAAAACACAUUUUCCCAAAAUACUCAAACAUAAGAACAUGUGCACAAACUGUUGACCUCUGGAGCAGGUGGGCAUCCUCAUGACACCACUGGAAAUCCUUAGAUGCCCACCAAAGCCAUCCUCUUGUCUUCUCCACAACAUCUUAAUACUGUUUUUUCCCUUUAAAUAACUAUGGAGGAGUUAUAAACCACCUUUGAUUCUUUCUCUUCCGUCUCCCAUACACUUUGUAUUUCCAGCCCAAACCACUUAGCCUCAUAGUCACUAUAGGCAUUUUAGCUUUCACCAUAGACAAGCUCUGUGAGGAGAUGCUUAAAAAGAUUUAUUGUCAGCAAUAGAAGGUCAAAACCAGUAGUGACUUAUACAAACUGCAAGUUAGAUUAAAAAGAAACCUUAAAUAUGAAUAAAAAAUUCACAGCCUAUAAUUAAUACUAAGGCAUUUCCAUUGGGUUUAGAUGUAUUGUGGAGCAGCUGUUAUCCAAAAGCCAAAAUAAAUAUCAGCUGGUUCUGUAAUUAUGCAUGGUUUGGUCAGAUUUGGAAGGUAAGGGUUUGUUCAUUUAUUUAUUUUUCUCCCCUUUAUUUGCUUGUUUCAUGGAAAUUGACAACCUACCUCAGUCUAAAGGCAAACUUGACCACAACUUGAAAGGCUAGACAACAUGACUUGAUUUAUUAUUAUUAUUUUUUAAAUACUCAGUAACACUGGAAAGAAAAAUCAUUCAUACUUCAUUCUGUGCCCCUAGAAUUCUCACUAAAACAGCCCUGGACUUUUCUCAUAAGCGAUGGAUUUCCAAUAUUGCUCACAGACAUGUGUGCUGCGCCUUGUCAUCUAGCUGAAAUAAAGUAUGCUGUCUCAUCAUCAGUCAACACUUGGAACUGAGAACUUUUGAAUUUGAUGUUCCAGCGGGUAAAUAUUGUACAGUAGGAGCUAAUGAGUAUGUAUCUGAACUUAAACAAAUGAUUGCAAGUCUCGGAGUCUCACAUUUUGGCUUUGCUAACUAAGACUGUGAAGUAUAUGCAGCUGCUCUAAUGAGAACUUAACCUUGUGGAAGGCAGGUGGAGGAGUUGGAGCUGAAAAGAAGCCCAGACAAUGCCAAGAAAUCAAACGGCCAUUUAAAUCACUUGUAAACGUAAAUUCAGUGACUGCAAAAACUAAGAUAGGGGGAUAAAAAGCAUUUAACCUAAUUGUGCAAUUGUUUUUUUCCUAAAGCCAAUCAUAAGUUUUCCCCUUAAUUGGGCCUUUUGGUUUGAAAUUGAUAGGAGACUUUGUUUCCACUGUGAGUCCUGUGAAUCAGACAUUGCUAUUGGAUGUCAUUUAUUUUUGUUGUGAGAUGGGUAUUUUGGCUUAAUCACCUGAUAUAGAAUCGGUGUAACAUGCAACUUUUUUUUUAGCAUUUGAAAAUCUGUAUUUAUUGUUUUAUCAUUUGUCUGAACAGCAUUCUGUAUUAUUUGUACAUAUUGAGGCAUUUGAGAAGAGUACAGUGCUAUUGAAAGUGCUAGUUUUUGGAAGCAAAGAAAUGCAGUUAGGGGGCUUGUUCUGAUUUACCAGGUUGGUAAGAUGGCAUAUUUUGCCGCAUCCAGAAGUCUGUAAUCCACUCGCAUGUGAGCUAGUCAUGUGACACUACACAUGGGCAUAUUAUGAGGAACUAGUUUGAUCUGAUUAUAUUCAUAAAAUUCUUGCUCUGGGUUAGGUUUCAAGCUUCAUUUAGAGUUGGUGUGGAACUGGUGUUACUGGAGGAGGAGAUGGAGGCUGACCACUUGAAAGUGGAUUCAAGGUUUUGGUCUAGAGUCUGUCUCAUAUCUUCAAGUCAUUUGAUUAGCAAGCCAUAAAACUCGAGUAGCAGGUACAAUGUUAGCAUGAAAAGGCUCAAAGCUUGCAAAUUCUUUUCAGUGAGUAGGAAGAGAAACCACUGCAUAAUGUACACUGCUCCAAGUGACAGGCAUGCGUUAAUCCAAUCCCCCCCAAAGCAUCUUAAACUAACUUGAAAACAGUGUCAGUACUGUAAUUUAUCUGUGCAAGGGAUGUCUUAACUGAAAACCCCUCACAGUGAAGAAAGCUGAUUUUCAUUUUGAUGUGCGUGUCCACACAUGGUCUUCCACAUAUUGUCCACAAUAUGCCCAGCAUCAGGUUUUAGUAGAGAAGCAAAAGUGCUCACAUUGGCAUAUUCUGUUCUCUGUUUUAGUCCCCAUUUUUUGUUUUUUGUCCUCCAACUGGACCACAUUUUGAGUGAUUUAUUUUUUUGUUGUUGUUUGUAGGACCUUCUGGAAUAAUUUCCAUUCUUUGCUUAUUACAUUCAUUAGAAGAGAAUUGGGUAGAUAAAGGUUCAUUUGUAUGAAGUAAAGUGACAUUGAGCAUCUCAAUGGUGACGAAAUGUGAGUCUCAGUGAUUAUAAAAUCUGGGGUUGGAUCUGAAGUGGUUCUUGGGAUUGGAGGUGAAUUUUGGCAGUGACAUCCCUUCUUAUUACAGUGCUUAAGAUAGCAUGGGCAGUGGCUUGCAAUGUAAUUGUUUUUUUUUUUGUUGUUGUUGUUGUGUCUUUUUACAUGUUAUUAAAAGCCAAUAAAAAAAUAAAUAUUUUAUCAAUUUUCGGAUUGCCUCGAAUUUGCUCCAGUGGUUUUUGGAUAAAAUGUUAAUGGUUUGUUUUUGCCAUCUUCAGCAGAGAUAAUAAAUUGGUAAAAUUGUCAUGUCCUCUACAAUGGGUUUGGCUGUGGAAUUGAAGAUUGGGUGGUCCCUGUUUAAAUGGAAAAAACAUGUAAAAAGUACAAGGACAUCAUACUGUCAUUUAUGUGUGCAAUUAAUUAAACUGAUUUUAAAACAA